CAGAUAGGUCUCUCUAGCCGAGAGAACGGAACCAGAGAGAUGGUGAAAGGAAGUCGAGGUGGCCCUCGAUCUGGCGUCUCUGAAGGCUGUGGCUGCGGUUGCCGGAUUCUAUAGGCUAGGCUGGCGGCGUAUGGAAUCGAGGGCUUGCGCAGAGGCAGAAUGCUUCCAGCUGGCGAGAUAGGCAAGGUGCCGGCAGCCUCGUGCUGUCCCACAAGCGGUGACGAAAUGAAGAACACAGAGGAGAAACGUGACAUGAACAUUGCAGCAUUUGUUGGAAGGGAGCAGCUCAUGCAAGGUAGAGAUGAUGAUCGGCUUCUCCUGAAUGUGUCUGCGUUUAUAGAAAAGGAAGUGGGAAAUGACCUUAAAUCUUUAAAGAAACUUGGCAAACUCAUAGAACAGAUGACAGAAAACAAAAUGAAGUUAGAAGAACAGGUACUUACAAUUUCAUCAGAAAUCCCUAAAAGAAUUCAAAGUGCUUUAAAAGAUGCAGAGGAAUCCCAACAAGUUCUUAAUCAGUUUCUGGAGCAGGAAACUCCUCUCUUCAGCUCCAUCACUAGCCAUUUGCUGACUGCACAGCCCUGGAUGGAUGAUCUUGGGGCCAUGAUCAACCAGAUAGAAGAGAUUGAGCAGCAUCUCACAUACCUUAAAUGGGUUUCACAGAUCGAAGAGCUAAGUGAUAACGUUCAGCAAUACCUGAUGACCAAUAAUGUGCCAGAGGCUGCCUCUAUCCUGAUGACCAUGACAGAACUUGACAUCAAGCUUCAGGAGUCGUCUUGUACUCAUCUUCUUAGUUUCAUGAGAGCCACAGUUAAAUUCUGGCAUAAAAUUCUCAAGGACAAGCUUACCAGUGAUUUUGAGGAAAUUUUAGCACAGCUUCAUUGGCCAUUCAUCACACACACCCAGUCUCAAACUGUUGGCAUAAGCCUGCCUGCUAGUGCCCCUGAGGUGUAUGCUACUCUGGAGACACUGUUUUGUCAGCUGUUGAAACUACAAACCUCAGAUGAAUUACUAACUGAGCCCAAACAACUCCCAGAAAAAUAUUCUCUUCCUGCAUGCCCUUCUGUGAUCCUGCCCAUCCAGAUCAUGCUGACUCCCCUUCAGAAGAGAUUCAAGUACCACUUCAGAGGCAACCGGCAGACAAAUGUUAUCAGUAAGCCUGAAUGGUACUUGGCUCAGGUACUUAUGUGGAUUGGAAACCAUGCUCACUUUCUGGAUGAGAAGAUUCAGCCAAUAUUGGAGAAAGCAGGCUCUGCAGUCAAUGCAAGGCUUGAGUUUUCUCGGGGUCUUAUGAUGCUCAUACUUGAGAAGUUGGCUUCCGAUAUACCUUGCCUGCUCUAUGAUGACAAUCUCUUCUGUCAUUUGGUGGAUGAGGUGCUGUUGUUUGAAAGGGAGCUGCACAGUGUUCAUGGCUAUCCUAGCACUUUUGCUAGUUGUAUGCAUAUUCUGUCAGAGGAAACCUGUUUUCAGAGAUGGUUGACUGUGGAGAGAAAAUUUGCUCUUCAAAAAAUGGACUCAAUGCUUUCGUCGGAGGCUGCCUGGGUAUCCCAGUAUAAAGACAUCACUGAUGUGGAUGAAAUGAAGGUUCCAGACUGUGCAGAAGUUUUUAUGACUUUACUUUUGGUUAUAACUGACAGGUAUAAAAAUCUCCCCACAGCUCCUCGAAAGCUGCAGUUCCUGGAGUUACAGAAGGACCUAGUAGAUGAUUUUAGGAUACGAUUAACACAGGUGAUGAAAGAAGAGACUAGAGCUUCACUUGACUUUCGAUACUGUGCAAUUCUUAAUGCCGUGAACUACAUCUCAACAGUACUGGCAGAUUGGGCUGACAAUGUUUUCUUUCUGCAACUUCAACAGGCAGCACUGGAGGUCUUUGCAGAGAAUAAUGCCCUCAGUAAGCUACAGCUGGGACAACUAGCCUCCAUGGAAAGCUCUGUCUUCGAUGACAUGAUUAAUCUCUUAGAGCGUUUAAAGCUUGAUAUGUUGACUCGCCAAGUAGAUCACGUUUUUAGAGAAGUGAAAGAUGCUGCAAAAUUGUAUAAGAAAGAAAGAUGGCUGUCCCUGCCAUCUCAGUCUGAACAGGCAGUGAUGUCCCUGUCCAGCUCAGCCUGCCCACUCCUGCUGACCUUACGGGACCGUCUGCUUCAGCUGGAGCAGCAGCUUUGUUUCUCCUUAUUCAGAAUCUUCUGGCAAAUGCUUGUAGAGAAGCUGGAUGUAUACAUCUAUCAGGAGAUAAUCCUUGCUAAUCAUUUCAACGAAGGAGGAGCAGCCCAGUUGCAGUUUGAUAUGACACGGAAUCUUUUCCCUUUGUUUUCUCACUAUUGCAAGAGACCGGAAAACUAUUUUAAACAUGUAAAAGAAGCCUGCAUCAUUCUAAAUUUGAACACUGGUUCUGCAUUACUCCUCAAAGAUGUCCUGCAGUCAUCUUCUGAGCACCUUCCUGCCACAGCAGCCUUAAAUGAAGUUGGAAUUUACAAACUAGCUCAGCAAGAUGUUGAGAUUCUGCUUAACUUGAGGACAAACUGGCCUAACACUGGGAAAUAAGGGUUGAGAAAAGGGUUGUUUAGCAAAGAAGACAGUUGUAUUGAAGUUGCCUGAUUAAUAAAACUGGACAAACAAAAACUUGGUAGAAUCAUUUGUUAUCUUGAGUACGAUGUCACUAAAAUAAUGACCAUGCUUCCUCCAUCCUUCUGUUCCUAAGAAAACAAAGAACAGAAAACUCAACCAAGAGAAGCAGAGUAAUUACAUGUUUAGGAUUACAAAUAGGAAUGCAGACAUCUGAAGACAGUGUGAAAGCAAAAGUCAGCCAUAACUGACCUUCAUUUUGCUAAUCAAGGGGAGCUGUUGUAGAAAGAUGAACACAGCCAAUAUACUCUAAACGUAUGUUGAUAAUUAAGGUUUCUUUAUUCAGUUUUGGAUUUCACUAUAUUUAUAUAAGAAAUGCAUAGUGUGAUGGGAGUGGUUGUAGAAGUAACCAACCGUCUUGUUGAGUAAGAAACACAGAGCCAAUGUAAAGAUAAAAGCCCUAGAGGUCAGAGCUAAGAGACUUACCCUUCCUGCUUCAGCGAUCCUCUUCAGCCAAGAGAGACCUACUUCCCGUGUGUUUGUCUUUAUAUAGACUUUCUGUUCUGCCUUCUCAUUGGUUGUAAACCCAACCACAUGACCGCCUCGUCACUGCCUGUCUGUACAGACCUCCAGGUCUUCUAUGGUUGGUAUUGAGAUUAAAGGCGUGUGUCUCCAAUGCUGGCUGUAUCCUUGAUCACACAGAGCUCUAUUUAGCUCUGCCUACCAAGUGCUGGGAUUAAAGGCAUGCACCAUGAAUGCCCAGCUCCGCUAUGGCUUACUAUUAGCUCUGACCCCCAGGCAACUUUAUUUAUUAACAUACAAAUAAAAUUUCAGUACAAAUAAAAUAUCACCAUAAGUUGUGGAAGAAUUUAUAAUCCCAGAACGCUGAAGGCCAGGGCAGGAGUAUCACUGUGGGUUUAAGACUCACCUGGGCAACAUAGUGAGAUUCUGUCUCACAGAGAAAGAAAUGAAACAAAACAAAACAAACUGCCCCCAAACCAACAACAUAGCGGUUUUAUGAGGUGGUGGUUAAGCUAUGGUUGUUCUUAUUAUUCAAUUCUCAUGUCCUUCUAUUAAAGUAUUUCCUAGUUGUA